UCGGUUAUCCUAUGUUCCUGUUACAAAUCGAAAAUUUCAACCCCUAAAAUGUAUGCCUGGGAGGGAGCUCCAUCCCAUUUUAUUCAAUGUAGGCGUUUCUAUGUUACGUGUAAAUUCAUUGACGGAAAGUAGGCAGAUGUCUACCUGGGAGAGGUUCCGAGAGGUUAGGUUCUAAGUAGUGAUACUUCCUUUAUUGUUAUGAAUUCUGAUAAUUAUUGACACCGUUUCCCAGAUUAGUGUCAAUGAAUAAAGGAGCAUGAAGAUACGACACACACAAUGUUCUAUUUGCUGUUGUCUUAAAACCACCAUUAUCCCUGUCAAAUCUCUAGAACGAUAGAUUUAUAUACGAUAUUUCACUGACAAUUUCCAUCCGCAGACCUUGUAGGCAAGAUGAACAAGAAUAUGAACUCUCCGUCUAAACUGACGGAAUUCGCCCCACUAAGUCCUGAGGGAAGUCAACCCGUCGUCGCUUCUCUUUUUUCCAAGUUCUUUGGAUUUGCCAAAAACGCACCGGCAAGCCACGACGAGACGAUGAUAUCUCCGGAUAACGACGAUCGCAGUUCAUCCGGUGAAUCCGAGUCAUGGAAACGAUCGGAGAGCGUGGAUAAAACACCGGAUGACGAUAGCUCUAGCGUAGUUAAUUUUCCUUUGGAUACCUCGGAGGGUCGUAGUUUACCCAACGUGCUGAAACGUAUUAGUAAAAUUGUUGCAUUAAGGAGUAACAACCUUCGAUCUUACAAGGACACUCAAUUGAGAAGCUAUUGGAUGCCAGACAGCGUCAGCAAACAAUGCUACGAGUGUGGGGAAAGAUUCACGACGUUCCGAAGACGGCAUCAUUGUAGAGUGUGCGGUCAAAUAUUCUGUUCAAAAUGUUGCCGCGACGAAAUUCCCGGAAAGAUCAUGGGCUGCACGGGUUACUUACGAGUUUGCACGUACUGCUGUAAAGUCGUGUUAUCGUACCUGCAAUCCUCCGACAUGAGAAGCGAUUUAACGGCCGACCUGAAGGCUCUACAAGAAGACCUGCGCGUAAAGUAUGGAAACGAAUCGCCUCCAUUAGCUAGAAAGGAUGCAACCGAAAUAAUCGACGAUGAGGUGGAAGUGCGCAGGAAACCUAGCGUCGGUUACAUGGAAGAGAAAUAUGCUCUUGGCCGAUCUUCCAGUGGCUACUUGACGUCCCAAGAGCGUAGCCUGGCAUUGCAAAAUUCCGCAUCCCUGAAAAUGAUCUACGAAGAAUUAUUUCAUUCGAGUAAGGCGAUCCUCUUGCAGACCCACAGGAUCCGAUUGAAGAGUUACCACGACUGCUUCCUGGGAAGCGAGCUGGUGAACUGGAUGAUCGCCCAGAACAAGGCAGCGACCAGAGUGCAAGCCACGGCGAUCGGUAGAGCUCUUCUCGAGGCGGGCUUCAUCGAACCCAAGCUAGUCGAGGACGACUUCACCGACUCGACGGCGAUCUUCAAGCCGGUUAAGCUGCCCAGCGUGCAAAGGGAACGUUUUCUGGCCGAAGCACAAGCCUCUUGCGACGCCCAGGAACCAGCCUGGGUCAAGACCAUUCCACAGCACGACUCGACGACCGAUUCCGAAAGCGAGACGAAGCAUCCGCCCGCGAGCUCGCAGAUGGGUCGUCUACCGUCCUCGAGUUCGAGCUUCUACCUCGACCUCGAUCUGGAAGCCUCGACCGUCACCCUGAAGCGACCUACGUCGGAGGACUUCGUUUUCGUCUCCGUGGAUGGCAAUGACCCGUCGACCGACGAAAAGGACCAGGAGGGCAAUCCCGGAUUCUCCGACGAGCUCUUCGCCGACAGCCUCCAGGUGCAGGAGUACAAGGAGAGGAAUGGCUGGUACAAGGUCAACAACCUGAGGACUGCCUUUGAAGAAAUGGACGCGUACAAUUGUCUGACGACGGCGUACAGGCAGCACGAAGACUCCCUCGUCGGUCAGCUGCUGAGCAAAGAAGGGCUAUCCAGAAGUUGGUCCGACGCGAUCCUGCGGAUCUCUCAUCAGAUAGUGGACCACGUCAGGCCGGAUCUGAACCACGACGCCGACGACAUGGACAUCAGGCAGUACGUGCGGAUCAAGAAGUCCCCGGGAGGAAGCAGAAGAGACUGCGAGAUCGUCUCGGGAGUGGUCUGCAGCAAGAACGUGGCCCACCGGAACAUGAACGCCAUGAUCGCUCAUCCGAAGAUCCUUUUGCUGCGGUGCGGAUUGAUGUACCAGCGCGUGGAGGGGAAAUUACUGACCCUGGAACCGGUAAUGAUGCAGGAAAACGAGUAUUUGGGUCAUACCGUGGCACGCAUCACGGCUUUGGGACCGGACGUUGUUUUGGUGCAUCGAUCGGUGUCCAGGUUGGCUCAGGACAGGCUCAGGGAAUCCGGAGUUACUCUGGUCCUGAACGUCAAACUCAGCGUCCUGGAGAGGGUGGCCAGGUGUACCGGAGCCAACAUCGUCAGCACCAUUGACGCUCAUCUUACGGCACGGUAUAGGCUCGGCGCCUGUAAGAAGUUCUACCUGAGAAAUUUUCCGAACGGACGAAAUGGCACGAAGACGUUGAUGUACUUCGAGGGCUGCGCCAAUCCGCAUCUGGGCUCGACGAUUUUACUAAGAGGCGGGGCAUUGAGCGAACUGAAGAGGGUGAAGAAGGUCACGGCGAUGAUGAUCUUCGCGGCGUACUCCUGGAGACUCGAAAAGUCCUUCCUGAUGGACGAGUUCGCUAAACCUCCUUCCCCGAAGGACAAUAACUUCUUAGAAGAGACGGCGAAGAAGGAUUUCUCAGAUGGAGACGCGAUCGACGACGCCGAAGAGCGGGAUUCCGGGGAGGAUCUCGAGACGGUGGAGGUGCACCCGGAGGUUUCGGAGCCGACCAAAAUCUCUCCCUUUUCUACGGCGCACGAUGCAAAGAAACUGCAGCCAAAAACGGGAAGAAGCGAGGACACGUUUCCCGACGAUGAGAGCGGUACCGGUUCCGAUGUUUUUAGGCAAGUCUCCUCGAUCCUGAGCGAUAAUUCCGACCCUUACGACACCCUGAAGCUGUUCAAGCCGAAGUCGAGAGCAGCGGUCGAGGAAGAGAAACGGCGGAACGUGUCGGAGAGGUCUUCGGAGAAGCCGGAGGGAGGUCAAUGCGACGAAGAUCGCGGAGGCGGAGAUUUCAAGGUUGCCUCCGAUCGAGCGAACGACGCGACGGUCCCAUCGCAAACUGUCGAGAGCGCGGAAGAAAAAGUGAAACCCCGAGAUGAGGCGACCACGGAGGAGAAGCGAACGUACGGAAGGUCGGUGAGCGAUCGAAGCGACCCUCUGCACCAGUACCUCAACGAGGAGGACAUUUUCGAGGACGAGAACGGCCCGAGCGGUCAGCGACUGAGCGUGGCCGACCUUCCUCUGUUGAACAAGUUCAAGAAAGCCCUGGAGGACACCAUCCUCAGCGUGUCGCCCUACAUGAAGUUCUCCAUCCCGUAUCUGGAGACCGAGCCCGGCAGGAACUGCAUCCUGCGGUGCUUCUUCCCGAAGGACGUCUUCUACUCGAUGUACUUCACCGACAAGAUCGAGGGCGCGAGAACGAGCGGCGGAGCCUCUUCGGGACCGGUAUACCCAGCGGAUCCGAUGGCGAACCUGAAGCUGAAGCGGGAGCACCCGUUCGUGCAGGCGAAGCUGACGAGCGGCGUGGAGUGUCGCGAGGUGCAGACCUUGCUGGCGGAUUUUCGAGCCCGGGGCAGCAGACUCCGCAGGUCCGCGGGUAAAUCCCCCCAGGUCGAGCAGGCAGAGGACAAGCGGCAACAGGGCGAUCCGACCUGGCCGGACUGCCUGGACCCGGAGAGCCACCAGCGACUCUCGGUCCUCUUCUGCAGCUUCUCCCAAGGUGGCGACAACACCCCCGCCUUCUGCGUGAACCCUUGGAUCGUGAACAUGGACCUCUACGGGAGGAACGACAUCGCCCUGGGUCGUUUCCUGGAAAGGUACUGCCUGACGUCCGACUACAAGUGUCCAGCCCAGGCGUGCAGGGCGAGGAUAUCGCGACACGCGAGACGCUUUACUCACGACUCCGGCUGCGUCCACGUGACCCUGAGCGAGCUGGCCACCAGACCCCUCGGGCUCCAACCCCGGGAAAGCGAGCGCAUCCUCCUCUGGAGCAAGUGUCUCGACUGCCAGGAGGUAUCCCCGGUGGUCCCGAUGUCGGACGACGCCUGGUCCCUCUCGUUCGCCAAGUACUUGGAGCUUCGAUUCCACGGCGGCGUCUACGGAAGGCGCGGCUCCGGGGGCGCCUCCCAGUGCCUGCACUCGCUGCACCACCGACACACCCAGUACUUCGCCAAGGGCAACAUGCUGGCCGUCUUCAGGUUCUCCAGGAUCUCGCUCUGGGAGAUCUCCCUGCCGCCGCCCAGCAUCCGCGUCGAGUACGACCCGAGGCGACUGGCGAACGUCCUGGAGGAGACGAAGAACGUCGCCCUGAAGGGCGACGAGGUCUUUUCCGCCGUGAGGGAGAAGCUCGCCACUCUGCCUGUCGAGCCGGACGCCCUGGCGCAGGCCAGACAGCAGCUCGCCAAGGAUCAGCAGUACUUCAGGAACAAGAUCGAGGAGGUCCAGCUGAAGCUGACUUCGCCCACCCUGGAGAACCGGCGGCUCGAGGGCAAGGAGUCCGAGCGGCAGGUCCAGGCUCUCGUCGCGCGCAUCGAGGACGGCAUCGUUAUCCUGAAGAGGCUCAUCGCCGAGGCGGUCUUUGGCUGGAACGCCAGGAUCCUCGAGGCCGUGGCCGCGGCCAGGAAGCGCGACGACCGACCUCGGCGGUUGGUCGAGAGGGCGGCCACCGUUAACACCGUGGUCGCCGACGGGGACGCCACCGAGGACACCGCCUCGGAGUCCCAGCUGGAGGACUGCAGUCCGGGGUCGGCCGACUACAACGCCGUGGACGUCGUCUCGGUGGAGCCGUCGCCGGUCGCGCGUCCAGUUCUCGCCGAGGCGUCCGACGGCGAGAUCGAGGAGGCCCCCUUGGUCCAGGGCUCCCCCAGGACUCACCACAGGUCCCACUCGGACGUGCUGCCCUUGGCCUCGGACGACGCGCCCGACAGGAAGAGGAAGAAGAAGACCAUUCUCUCCCAGCUGCUGCCCUCGGCCGCCGCGGUCGAUCCCAUAGCGAACCCGCUGCCGGCCGUUGCGCAUCAUUUGCUGCCCCUGGGGUCCGUCGUGCCGAUAGCGGUCUACGAGACGGAGCCCUCCUCGAUCAUCGCGUACGCUCUGGACUCCCACGACUACAAGCACGCUCUUCAGGAGCUCCCGCGCUCCGUCGCGAACUCCAGCCCCCUGUACAAGCGCAAGUUCCCGGACUCGGGGAAGGAGGCCCUCUCCGAGGCGACGCAGCCGUCGGAGCCGAAGAGGCCCUCGGUGCUCUCUUUCCUGAGAGGGAACGGUCCGAACCCGGGCAGUCCUCUCGACCCGGACAAGUCCUUGACCUCGUCGACGGCCAACUCCGGGACCCUCGCCGACUCCUCGAGCGUCUCGACGACGGCCGGGGCCGGGGCCGGUCCGGCGAUCCCGGAGGCCUCCUCGAACCCUCAGGAGGCCGAGGAGGAGAAGAGGGCCGUCAAGCAGCAGAACUACAUCGAGGUGCAGUUCAACGACGCCACGACCAACUUCUUCUGCAGGGUGUACUUUGCGAGCCAGUUCGCGGCCUUGAGAGAGAGCGUCCUCCCUUGCGGAGAGGACGGGUUCACCAGGAGUCUCAGUCGCAGCGUCCAGUGGGCCGCCCGGGGUGGCAAGAGCGGCAGCGCGUUCUGCAAGACUCGAGACGAUAGGUUCAUCCUGAAGGAGAUGUCCCGCCUGGAGAUGCAGAUCUUCCUGGACUUCGCGCCCAACUACUUCGCCUACAUGGAGAAGUGCCAGCGAACGAGGCAGCCCACCUUGCUGGGCAAGAUCGUCGGGGUUUACCGGGUGUCCUUCAAGAACGACACGACCAACGCCGCCCUGCGCACCAGUUUGUUGGUCAUGGAGAACUUGUUCUACGGGAGAACCAUCACGGACAAGUUCGACCUGAAGGGCUCGGUGAGGAACCGACUGGUGAACCCGGAAGACGCCGUUCACGAGGGGGAGUUGGUCCUGUUGGACGAGAAUCUCCUCAACAUGAGCUGCGACUCGCCCCUGUACAUUAGGGUGCACUCGAAGGCCGUCCUGAACAAGGCCAUCGAGAAGGACACCAAGUUCCUGGCGGACAACUCGGUGAUGGACUACUCGUUGCUGGUGGGUCUGGAGCCGAACUCCGACGAGCUCGUCCUGGGGAUAAUCGAUUACAUAAGGACCUUUACCUGGGACAAGAAGCUGGAGACGAUGGUGAAGAAGUCCGGAAUCCUGGGCGGUCAGGGCAAGUUGCCCACGAUCGUCUCCCCCGAGGAGUACCGAGCUCGCUUCAUAGCCGCGAUGCACCGUUACUUCCUUCCGGUUCCCGACAGGUGGACAGGAUUGGGAAGAGGCGUCGAGACGCCUUGAAGAAGCGACUCGUCUAGUCGGGAC